UUUUCUAGAAAGCUUUCAUUUAUAAAAACACACACACACACACACACCCCCCAACCAGUAUUUACCUCACUGAGUUUUCUAGAAAGCUUUCAUUUAUAAAGAGCUUAAAACAGCACCUGGUGAAUACUAAGCGCUACUAGAGGACUUUUAUCAUAACUAUUAUACUGGUUUUUACAUUAUCACUGCUGAUGAAGAACAAGAAGAACUCUGUCCUGCUUUGUCACGGUCACUAAUGAAUAUGCUAUGGACAGAUCAUUUCGGAGCAUCUCCGCGGCGGCCGCGGAUUUCAAGAGCCGCGGAUCAACGUAGAAAAAUCAAGGCUUGCAACCCCCGGCCUGGAGCCGGGUAAGGGCGCGGUGCUCGAUUUCCUUCCCUGCCUCCGCCUGCCCUAGUGCGCAUGCUCAGUCUUGCUCAGCCCGCUGCUGUGAUUGAUUUUUUUCUGGGCGGCCGUGACGACCUGGGACCGGCUCCGGGAUGGGGAGUGAAGCCCCCGGAGCCGCCGCAGCCACUGCUGCGGCGCCUUGAGGAGCAGCCACGGGGAGGCAGCUGCCGCUCGUCGGUGAGUAGUCGAACCGCCACCAUGACGUUUCGUAAGAAGGGCUCCAAGAACCCCCCACUCCUGAGCCUGGAAUUCAUCCUGCAGAAUCAUGCGGACUUUGUCGCCUGUGUGGGGAUGUUCUUCGUGUUGGGGCUCAUGUUCGAGGGGACAGCAGAAGUGUCGAUCGUUUUUAUUACUCUCCAGCACGGGGUUACCUUCCCUGCAGCAGAAGCAGAAGCAGAAGCAGAAGCAGAACGAGCCACAGCACCCAAGUUCCUUUAUCAUUAUGGUGCCAAAGACUUGGCCACGGUGUUCUUCUACACGCUGGUGGCAAUCAUCAUUCAUGCCACCAUUCAGGAGUACGUGUUGGAUAGAAUUAACAGGCGAAUGCAGUUCCCCAAACAGAGACAAGGCAAAUUUUAUGAAUCUGGUCAGUUUAGCGUAUUCUUCCUUGUUUCCUGUAUCUGGGGCACAUUCAUUCUAGUUUCUGAAAACUGCCUGUCAGACCUGACUGUCUUAUGGAAGGCUCAUACCCAUAACAUGAUGACAUUUCAGAUGAAGUUUUUCUACAUCUCCCAGUUGGCUUACUGGUUUCACGCUUUUCCCGAACUAUUAUUCCAGAGAAGCAGACCCCAAGAACUCUCCCAGCAAGCUGUAUAUGUUGGUCUUCACCUCUUUCACAUUGCGGGAGCUUAUCUCUUGUACUUGAAUCACCUGGGACUUCUUCUUUUGAUGAUGCAUUAUUUUGUGGAAUUCCUUUCCCAUUCUUGCGACCUGUUCUAUUUUAGCGACGAGAAGUUCCAGAAGGAGUUUUCUCUAUGGGCCAUUGUGUUUAUUUUGGGUCGACUUGUGACUUUAAUUGUUUCUUUGAUAACUGCUGGUUUUCAGCUGGCUGUAGGGCCGAAUGGGAAUUCGGAUGACUCUGCUGAAGAUGUGAAUGUGUUGGCAGCUAAAAUUGCUGUUCUGUCAUCCAGUUGCUCUAUCCAAGCAUAUGUAACAUGGAAUUUAUUUAAUGUCCAGCUUCAGAGGUGGAUGGAAGAAGAUGCGCCUCUUCAGGCCCCAAGUGUGAAGAAGAAACGGAUUAAGGGCAGAUUUUGUAGAAAAGGAAUGGAAAACGGUGUGGCAACUUCAAAUAGACUACUAGAUUCUCCCCAGAUGAGGAAAGAAAAGUCUUCAUAAUGAAUUGCAAGUUAAUUGACUAAUGUCUCCAAAGAAGUCUGCUCUUUACUAUAACAUCCAUUUCUUUGCUAAGAGAAGAAAAUGGCAACCAGUAUUCUUGACAGGAUGGACAGAGGGGCCUGGUGGGCUGCAGUCAAUAGGGUCACAAAAAGAGUCGGACACCACUGAGCAACUGAGCUCGCGGGUACACACACGCACAUGCACACAAACACACACACAUGCCUAUCUUCGCUAGAGAAUUUUCUGUUCUUAAAAAUAUAUUGUCUUUGAUUUUUGCUACUGUACUCUGUAAGGUAUUUUUUGAAGGCAUUUGAGGGGAGAGUGAGUAUUAUGAGUGCAAAAACAUUUAGACUAAGCUAUUCAUCAUCAAAAUAGUUUAAAUAUUUCUACGCUUUUAUUUUAUUUUUUUUUUUACCUUUGAACAUUUUCCUAAUGAUUUGUAGAGAUAACUCCAAAAUUCAUGUGUCAGUGACACAGUUCUUACUCCUGCCAAUCUUUUGUAAUGUUAACAAGAUGGUCUUUUAUAGCAAUUACAUAUUUUUAAUGUUCUCUUCCAGGAUAAAACAGAAAUAUUAUAAAUCUGGAAUUCAAUUUCAUUAAUUUUUCUGUAUUCCCUAAGUCUUAGAAUUGUUUUUUAAUUUACAGCUGGAGAAAAGAUUUGUAAAAUCACCAAAAUAAUGAUGUGUUUUAUAGGUAAUGGUUGUUACAUCCCACUAAAAACCCCAAGAUACUAAUGGUUAACAUGUGGCGAUUUAUUGCUAUAUAUUGAAUCAAAAUAUCUUGAAUUAAUAUAAAAUUAGCACUAGGAAGUAAAAUCAUGCUUGUUCAUUUUAAACGCUUAUAAACUGGAAAUCAGAAAAUUAAAGACGGUUUAAAGAAAAUCAGCCUUAAAUAGCUUUUUUUGAUACAUGUAUUAAAAAUUAUUCUUAAUGAGGUUUGUAAUAAGUGUGAUAUCCACAGCAUCUUAAAAGAAUAUUGUUUAACCUGUAAAUCAUUUUGAAAAGUAAUGCUUAUUUGAUUUAUAUCUCUAAAAAGAAUGUCAUCUGAUUACAUGUUGAAAACAUUGAAUAUACUAACCUUAAAUGUGAAUAUCAUAUUCUUAUGAAAGUUUUUCCAAAAUAAUAUAAAUAUAGCUUUGCUUCCAUCUUUAAUUGGGAAA